AUUGAUUAUAUGUACCAAAAGCUAUCGACUGUGGAAUCGGAGAUUGUGUUGAAAUUCCGGACGUAUUCGUCCGCAUUACACCAUUAUGAAGUGCUAUGUUAGCCCCGAGAAAAUGUACAGUAAGCCGAAGGCGGCGGGAGACUGCUUCGGUCUGUUCCCGUCGCAAGAUGCCUGUUCCCAUUGGCAUCGAAGUUCCACGAUCGAGAGAUCUGGUUUGCUCGCGGCAUCUGUGGCACUACUGAUGUACGUUUGUUUCGAACGAGUUGACGUUGUUUGCCUCGGCUUGCUUCUGGGGUUUUGGGUGUCCUAUGGUGUGGAAAGCAUCCGAUCUUAUGUCGCUAAUCGUCGGCGCUGUUUUCGGAUGAGUUGAUCUAUCGAGAAUCGGCCAAUUUAUUUUAUUUACUGUACUAAAUUUGUUUACUGCUGGUUCUCUAAUUUCAAGUUAUUUUUCGUGUGACUGCUCUCUUAAGUCUGCGACGCCUUCGAAGUGAAGUUGAUCGCGCUGAACUCGUUGAAGCUUCGUAUGAUUCUGAAUAUUUGUUUUUCUAAUAUAUCAAUUUCAACGGACGCAA